GGACAUCGGAAUCUUAGUAAUUAUUCCCUUCCGACAGUGGAUUCCGUUUUUACUGAUUGAGUAAGGAUCCCUAAAAAUAAACAUCUGAUGAAUACCGAAUACAUUUGUUUGAAUACGGAAGCCGUUUUAAAAACUUUUGUAAACACACUGGGAUUGGGGAAAAUCUUAGACUAUAUGAAAGAGUUGGCAAAUCGUUAUGUAUUCGAUGAAUGAACAAGCUCUUCAAUGAAUAUAAAAAAGGUACAAAAAUACAUAAGAAGAAAGGCUUCUAAAAUUUAACUUUUUUUAACAUGUUAUGGAAUUAUACAUUGCAAUAAUGUGACUCGCACGCCGGUUUCAAGGGUUCGGUAGCUAGAGUCUGAGGGAUCGAGUUCCGGUCGAAUAAAUGUAGAAUAAGAAUUUCUCUAUAUUGUCUUAGGUCUGGGUGUUUAUGUUAUCUUUGUUAUUUCAGAUUUCCAUAACAAAAGUACUAAUUUGGGACAGCAAUGUAUGUGAUGUUGUCUGAUAUUUAUUAUUAUAAAUUUAUUCGUUAUUUGAGAUUUUUUACAAAUUACUAAAUUACAGAAAGAAUGACUAUUCAUUAAAAUAACAUUUAAAAGCAAUAAUUUUAGCAUAUACCUGAACUAGUUUAGUAUUUGGGUCAAAUAACUGCUUCUUAGGUUUAUCUUAGGAUAAAAUUGAUAAAAAACCCAGUUUAUUAUUUUAGUCGGACGGUGACUACUAAUCACAAUAAUAAACCAAAAAACAAGAAUAUAAAGAAGCUGAGAAUCCCCGCAGACUACAAAAUAACUUUACUGAAUUCAAUUAACGUUUUUUAUUUAUUAUAUAUUUAUUUCCCGCCUUAUUUACGUUUCGUUGCAGUCGGUUUUAUAUUACCAAAUUAAUUAAACAAUACUCACCUUACCCUUCAUCCUUUUGAACAUAGCGUAGGUAAGGAGUUGACAUGCAUUGUUCCCUAAUGCUUACCACACCUAAUAAUGGUAAAAGUCAAACAAUGCCCAUAAAAAUAACUAGUGUUCCAUACUAAUGGAUCUUUUCUAUGACCCGUCAAUCAGUCUCAUGGUAUUAAGAUAUAUAAAGAGGACGGAAAAUAGUCAACAUCUUAGUAAUGUUAUAGAAUCCGCAAAUACUAGUUGCCGACAUGAUAACAAGAUCUUUCUUCACUUUCAUUAUGUGCUGUGGGUUUUUUAUUUUUCUGCAGUCCAUGAUCCCAAAGGCUAUUGCUUUAAAGAAAACAUCAGACAUAAAAGAGUACAUGGUAGGAGAACAAAGGACACGUAGACGGCAAAAUUAUGUGGAGAAGAUGGCUUUGGACAACGAAUUGUUUGAUAAUGUCGAUGAUAUAGGCCAACCGUACAUAAUUAAGGCUACUGACGUGGACGGAAAUAAAGAAGAAUUGCCAGCUCUCAUUGUGGACUAUGCAAACAUGAUAAGAAACGAUAUAAUACUAUUGGAUAAUUCCGUAGAAACAAGAACUCAUAAAAGAGGCAAUGUAGAAGUGAAAAAACAUGUGAGACUAAACUCUAUAGUAAUCAAAUUAAUAUUUGUUUUUUUUUUAAUGUACUAAUAUAUAUUGCAUUAUAUUUUUUACAGCGAGCAAUACCAGAUGCACCUUGUAGCUGCGAAUACAAUGUAAGUUACGAUUUUUAGAUUAAAGCAAACUUUUAAAAUAUAUUUUUCAUCAGAAAAGCUAAUAUAUUUUUUUCCUUUAUAGAAAGAUAUAAUUGAUUUGGGUGAGAACUAUUAUCCUCGAUUUUUGGAAGUUCGAAAUUGUAGCAACCAGAUGUGUAGACUACCUCUGAAAUGUCAGCCUAACACAUAUGAAUUGACUAUAUUAAAAAGAAGGACGAGUGCAUCGGAAAUAUCCCCCGUAGAAAUACCGAACGACCUGAAACAUCGUUGGAUUGCAAAUAAACAAUCUGUCACUAUAGGAUGCAUGUGUAUCAGAGAUUAUAUCAUAGACAAUAACUAACACAAACAAACCUAUAGACCAGAAAUACCUCAAACAACUCUAGUUUAAUUUUGGAACUACCUAUAUUUAAGUAAAAAUUAUAUUAAAUUAGUGAUAUUUAAAGAUGAAUGUAUUAUUUCAAUGAACUAGACAUCUAGUCAUAUUCGUUAUUAUAACCAUUCUGGGCAACUAUAAGUUAUGUAAUAAAAAAAAAUCUUAUUUAAAAUUUAUUUUAUUUUAAAAUAAUUACUUAUAUUAUACACACAUAUAAGCUACAUACCAACAUGUAAGAUGUAACAAAAACAUUGUACAUAAUAAAAUACUGUGAACAUACUAUUACAUAGAGAAAACAAUUAUGAUAUUAUACAUCUUGUAUUGAAAAACAUAUGAAAAAAUGACCAUCACAAUUUUCCAUUUCUUUUCAACAAUAUAAUCUAAUGUAAAGUAUAAACACAAAAAAUAACAAAUGUCUCCGUCAUUAUGUAAACAAAAUGACUUCCUCGUUCUAUUUAUAAUGUGAGUAGUAAAUCAGAAGUCCUUUUUGUCAUGCAUUCACAAUAACACAAUCACUACACAUAAAUAAACUCAAUAAUCAUCAAGUGGAAUAUAUUUUUGAUUCCUAUUUUUUUCUCUCUUUGGAAUUUAAACAAAUGGAACGUCUAAAAACAAAAAAAAAAUUACAAUGUCUUGCGUAUUUGCGGUUUCGAUUUGUUUAUAGAAUCAAUCUACACGAAAUAAAUUCUAUUUUUAAACUAUUAUUCAAAUCGGCUAACAAAAUCAUAUAUCUUUGGCCGCGGAAUUAAGAUACGUACAA